CCUGGCUGUGACUUUUUAGUUUCGAGCAUACGGUCACACUGGUCAUUAAAAUAAAUAAAAUUACACUUAAAAGCAGUAGUUAGCAGAAUCGAAAGCACGUAAUAAAUUUGUAAGAUGUUGAAUGGACAGAUUACGCACAGUUAUCUGGAGAACGCUUGCACCUUAUUUAUCCCUCGCCCGCCUGCCCGGGAUCAGCCAUUAAAAUCGUCCCAGCCAACAACAGCUGCUGCUUCCUCUUCCUCUGGAGCAGAGAGUUAUGACAAGGGGCCUGGAGAGGGGUCAGGAGCAGAGGCUCUGCAUGUGGAUCGCAUAAGAAACUGCGAUAUAUUCGUGGACGCACACGAUCUGUACUUUUACGCAGACGUCAAGCUAUACAAAUUCCACAGUCGCCGCUCCUUUGACUUGCGUGAGCUGAAGACGCUGACGAUAAAGUACAACACGACAGAGCACCACUACAAGAUCUGCCUGCGCUGCCUGCCUGUCACAGCGGGCACCCAGCAGGGAACAGGCGGCGGCGAUACGGCCAAGCCAAAGAGCGUGCGCAAGGAGUACAUCGCCGCAUUCCUCCAUAUGCCAACUCUGGCCGAUGUCAGUAGCGCCCGGAUGUCGGACAAAGAGCCGAUGGUCCAGGAAUGGAAACUCAAACGCAUCACCGAUCAGUGCCAAUUGCAGCUCGACGGCCACGAGCGCAUUUAUAAGCUAACAAACCACUUCGGCUAUGGUUUCGCCAGCAAAUACAACAAUCCGCUAAACACCAGUGAGCUGGACAGGGCCACCUGUCGCGUAGCCGAGCCGCAGCGCACCAGUCCCAUCCAGCGACGCCAGGAGCGCCUGGUGGACGAGAUGAAGCGUUUUUCGCGCGAGCAGUACAAAAUGAACUUUGUGGAGUUACAGGUUCCGUCCGGCCACCAGAAUCCUCUGCGCUACAAGCCCAAAAUAUUUGAGACUUCCAUGACGCAGGAGCAGGCGCAUCUCCUGCACAACAUUAGCCGGCAGCAGGGGUCUGAGCAACAACAGCCUUUCGACAGCCUGCGACAGACCGAGAUCGACUGUGGACUUAUCAGCAUCCUGUUGGCCAUAUGCUACGAUGUAAGAACGACCAACAACGAGCCAACGUGCGAGUCGGGCUGGACGCGCAGCAUCUUGUGCCCGUUAUACUGCUACUUCGAGCAGUUUGAUAAUUACAGGGACGUGCUAGUGGCCUUUCUGCGACGUGUGAUCACCUAUCCGCUGUAUCGCAACUUCGAGCUGGGCCGUCACUGCGUGCGGGAUGCCAUUGAAGUCUUGAAGGGUGGCCGCAACUGGUUGAUCAACCAGCUCCUUCUCACGCACCAGCAGUUUGCCGUCGGAGAACCCACUCGUGAUAGCUUCAAUACCUUCUACUUGGAGGACUAUAUCCGGUAUGUAACCAGUCCAAAUGCCUGCAGUGAAGAGCACCUGCGACUCCUUGCCCGCAACCUUAAGAACGUGCUGAUGGAUGUUAACAAAAGACAUUUGGGACUGGGAAUUAGCGAUAUAGAGACUGAGCUGUUUAGAGAGCUGAUGCAGGAGAUGCGCAUUGAGACAGGCAGCGAAGGAUCCUCUCCGCAGCAGCCGGGCCAUGUCGAUGAUGAGACGGAUCUAGAGACUGACGCAUCGGGGCAGGAGGAUGAAACAACGACUGAUGAUGAUAGUGUCAUAACAGACUCCUUCGACAGCACUGACAUGGACAUGCGCCUGAUCGAGAAUGAAAUUGUUUACGAGGAUGACGAGGAGGAUGAAGAGGACGACGACGAGGACGAAGACGAGGACGAGGACGGGGCAGAUGACGACGACGACGACGAUGAUAGCAACUCGUCCACUACCAGCAGUGAGGCGGAGGGGAACAGCGUCAUCGAGCAGUGCAGCAACAGUGAGACCGCCGCCAGCAUCAGCACCACAAGCACCAAAUAAGCAACCCAAACGCCCCGAGUCCGGCAAGUCCUGCUCCUGCCUUGCCUAAAUCAAAAAAGCAACACAACCAACUUAAUGUCAAAGAACGGAGGCUAAACAGUGAUUACUUUUACCAUUAAAAAAAAAAAACAAAAUACUAAAAACAAAACAAAAACAAACAAGAUAAUCAAGAAAAAGAUGUAAAUUUACACCGAAUAAUUUACUUAAAUCUAACUUGUACAAUAACUUCUUAAUGAGAAACAAACUCAAAGAUUUGUUCACGCCAAAUGCGAAAAGAUAUUUCAAUAUUUUUCCUCUUUGAUCUACAAUAACUUCGAUUAUAAUUACACAUACUCGAGUAAAUCAGAACUUUAGCAUUUAGUGUUCGAAACAUUGAAUUUUGAAUUCAGAAAAGCGAAAUCUA